UGCCGGUGCAGGGGAUGUCCACAUCAGCAGAACCAUCUCCAGAUGCCUCCAGACGCCUGUGCUAACACCGUAGCUCCUGGCUCGGCCGCUGGCAAAAGGGAAUUUUUUCUACUUCAAGGGAUUUCUCACCAGGAUGUGAUGCAAAGACACGCUGGAGCAUCCUGACUCGGCGCUGUGGAGGUGGGAGACCCCCGGGGGGCAAAACAAGGAGCAUCUUUUCUUGGCAUCAGGGCAUGCGUACACCAGGGGAUGAGUGACGAGCAGCUCCCCGCAUCUCCCCACCGCCCCGUCGCGGAGGAGGACACCAACAUCUCGGCCUCUGGCUGCCCUGAGCACUGGGUCGAGCCCCGCUUCACGCAGGCGGCGAGGGUCCGCGUGGUCGUCACGGCCAUCUUCUUCUUGCUGGCGGCGGGCAGCAACGCGGCGGUGCUGGGCAGCCUGCUGAGGAAGAGGAGGAAAUCCCACGUGAGGCCGCUCAUCCUCAGCCUGGCGCUGGCCGACCUGCUGGUGACGGUGGCGGUGAUGCCCCUGGACGCGGCCUGGAACGUGACGGUGCAGUGGUAUGGAGGGGACAUCUCCUGCAAGCUCCUCAACUUCCUCAAGCUCUUCGCCAUGUACGCGGCCGCCCUGGUGCUGGUGGUCAUCAGCCUGGACCGGCACGCCGCCGUCCUCCAUCCCUUCUCCCGCGCUCGCCGCCGCAACGGGCUGCUGCUCUGUGCCGCCUGGGCCAGCAGCGUGCUCCUGGCUUCACCCCAGCUUUUCCUUUUCCACCUUCACACAGUCCCAGGAGGGAACUUCACCCAGUGCGUUACUCAUGGGAGCUUCCGAGCGCACUGGGAGGAAACUGUCUACAACAUGUUCACCUUCACCACCCUCUACAUCACCCCCCUGAGUGUCAUGAUUGUUUGCUACAUCCGCAUCAUUUGGGAGAUCAGUAAGCAGCUAAAGAUCAACAAAGGUUUGAUAAGAAAUCAAAACGACCACAUCUCGAAGGCACGCAUGAAGACUCUCAAGAUGACCAUAGUGAUUGUUGCCACCUUCAUCAUCUGCUGGACCCCAUACUACCUCCUAGGCUUGUGGUACUGGUUCCAGCCAGCCAUGAUCCAGAAGAUGCCGGAGUAUGUCAACCACAGCUUCUUUCUCUUUGGCUUGCUGCACACCUGCACCGACCCUGUCAUUUAUGGACUGUACACCCCCUCCUUUCGGGAGGACGUGCAGUUGUGUCUCAGGGGCAUUGAAACAGCCAUUACCAGGCACGAGAGACACAAACCCAUCUCAGUCUCGGAGAAGAACAUCAAGGAUGGUGCUGUAACUGGUGGGGUGGCAUCAGGGGGCUCCAAUGGGACAACUGUCAACACAGUCUGCUGAAGAGAUGUACCCACAAGGAGAUGGGAGGAACAGCUCUGGGGGUGCUUUGUCCCAUAGGAUCAUUCUGGAGACUGUCAUAAGGAGGUUUGCCACCCAACUUUAGUGGGUGAGGGUCUCUGGCCAGAAACUGGGAAUGUGCCUCCUGCCUGUACUCAGGGUGAAAAACAUUUGGGGGUAUUUAUGGUCAUUCUUCCGUAUUCUGGCAGCCCCGUGACAGCUAGAAAACCAUCCCUUUUGUACCCUAGGAUUCUGGGGUCAAGCAUCUGCCACUCUUCCAGCAUUGACCCCUGGGAGGAGACACGUCUCCCAAGGUGGCCAAUCUGUAAGUGCCCUUUGCACUUAAGCUGGAGUGUGGAGCUGCACAGAUGCACAGCGCUACGUGGUGUCACCCUGAGAGGCUGCAAAGGUGCCAUCACAGGCCUUUACUCCAUUUUCUCCACCUGCUGUAGGAAGGGCUUUCUGGAAAUGUUGCCUUUCCCAGCUAAGACCCUUCCUGGUUCUUCCACAGCUGUGUGUGAAGCCCUGGGAAGGAUGUAAAUCUUUGGGGAAUGACUAAUGCAGGGGCAUUAAUCCCUUCGGGGUGUCUCCACGGCGGGGAGGGAGAAGGUGCUGUGGGGAUGGAGGGGCUUGGGCAAGAGGGGUAUGAAGAACCUCAGUGUGUUGGGAUGUGAUGGAACAGGGUUUCUUCUCCCUUUUGGACACAGCCCCUGCUGCCUUGUUCUGGAACAGAUCCAUACGUAGCAGCUCUCUGAGACACAGGACUGACCAGGAGAGAGAGUAUUUGGAGUAACCAGAGGGUGACAUAACCCAGUCCCUCUUGACUGUCUCUGUCCCCAGCUUCUCUCCAGGGCAGGAGCUGACAGGUCUCAGACCAUACACUGGGCUGUCCCCAGCCACCAGCACAGGCUGAUGGGAGCAAACUACAUGUUUUUUCCUCUCUGUUUUCCCCUCUCUUGUUUAUACACAUUUUCUUUACCUUAAUGGCUUGACCCAACACCAGCACCUUGUCUCUGCCCCAAGCAGGGUGGGGGCAGCCACCCCACAGGUGAUGCCUGGGGUGUCCUAAUGAGGAAGGUGAUGGGAACCACCUGUGGGUGGAGGGGGCCAUCAGCAUUAAUGAGUAGCAGGUGGGUGCUGGUGGUUCUUGGUUGUGUUGGGAGAGCAAGGCAGGCUGCUGGAGGGGAUCGGCUGAGCUGUGGUGAGUAAAAUGGAUUUUUUUGCUUUUUCAUCAAUGUGCCAUAAGUUGCUUGUGAAGGUGGGUGCCUCUUCUCCGGGUGUGGGUUGAAGAGGUGGCUUUAUUCAACUGUGUUGUUCCCUUCUGUGGAAUUAGAAAUAGCGGAUUAUGUCUUUGUUCGUUCUCUGUCGAUUGUUAUCAAAUGUGUUUUCUGCUUUUGAAGAGACAUUUAGUUUUGAGCCAGGUGGGGGGUUGUUUUUUGGUUUUGUGAAAUCUUUGGGCAGCUCAGGAGCUCUGGACUUGGCUGUUCCCUGCACAUUUCUGUGGUGACUGUAGUUUUGAAUGAGCAUCUGGACUUUAUCAGGAUGGAAGAGCUUUGUUUUAAAAACAAUUCUUGACUUGCUGUGGUUGUGUGCUUAGGGAAGCUGUCUGCCCCCAAGGAAGCAAAUCUCC